CUUAUUGUAAUGAGUAAAUGGAAAACUUGUUUAUUUUGUAAUUCUUUAUUAUAAAUAUUGAAUAUGAAUUAUAUAUUUUUCAAUUUUUGUGAUAAAUAAUGUGUAAUCAUUCAAAUAGUGCGCCUUUUUAUCUUUACAAAACUAAGAAACCCUUACAAAAAGUUGCUGCUAGUGACGUGUGCAUCGCCGUACGUCAUCUCAUCGGUCUGCGCCCUAUGGUCACUUCAUAUACCCAUUGCUGCUGACUUGUUAUUUUUUACUAAUCUGCAGUGUAUACAAAUGCUGAACGCAUACAACAUUUUUAUGUGUAACGCCAAAAUGAAGUUUCUUAGUUUAUGUCAUUGUACACGUCUCAAUAUCUGAACUUUUACAUUUUUUAAAAUUUAUUUGAAUGGUUGGGAAAUUGGAAAUCAGUAUUUUAGAUAAUUUAGUGCAAUUAUACAUCUAAUCCAAAUUACCAAUUUUACUGUUUAAUUUUUUUUACAAUCUAGAUUUCAAGUUCCUUAUUAUUCUUGACAACUAUGUAUUUUGAAAAAUUAAUUUUAUUAUUUUUGUUUACAUCUUGCUGUUUAUUAAAUUGUCUUAUUAAAAGCCAAACAUUAGAAGUGAUUAAUGAUGAUGAACUAUUAGAUUUAUUUCAUUCCGAAAAUCAUGUACUCGUCUUAUUCAGUAUGUUGUUUAUGUCAUUUUUAUUUGUUUUAUGAUAUUUAUCAAUAUUAUGUUUUUACUGUUAUUUUCAUAAACAAAUAAUAUUGUGUUUUAUAUUAUAGCACUAAAAGAUUGUAAUAUGUGUAAAAAGUAUGAAGAGACACUGACUCAGAUAAGAGAAGAAGUAGUUGAUUCUUUAAAUGCUUGGGUUGUCAAAGUAGAAGGUAGUAAUUUGGUACACAUUUAUGAUCCAACUAAAGAACCAUCAUUAGUUAUGUUUCGAUAUGGUGUACCAUUAUUAAUACCAGAGUCCGGUAGUACCUAAUAAACAUUUUGUAUUUUGUCAUACUUCGUGUAUAAUGAUGUAUUUUAUAUUUUAGAAGCAAUUAACGAGGAAUUAUUGAUAGAUAUGAUAUUGAAUAACAGAGAUCCUAUUGUUAAAGAAUUAAAUGAUAAUAAUUUUGAACAUCUUACUCAGGCAUCAACAGGAGCCACAACGGGUGAUUGGUUUAUUAAAUUGUAAGUUUAAUAACGCCAAUGCCGGCAAUACACUCUCUGUGAAAAAUUUAGGUGAGAAGAGGAAGCUCAAGUUAGUGAGUAUACUAUUGAACUGCCUCGGUUUAAAAUACUAUACACACUCGUUUUGUGCCCAGUUUUGCACGGCAAAAAUUAUAGUUAUGUUCAAAAGUUUACUGUGUACUUUAUUUCUCACAAAUUGUGUCUUUUAACUCAGUCGCUAAAAACUAACUACAGACCAAACAACGUCAAAGCGAGACAGGUUGAUCAGAAUGGAGUGCAUCAAGUACACUAUAAUGAUGUCUCAACAAGAGUGUACUGCUGGCAUAAUAAUUUACAUUUCUUGUAGAUAAUUUUAGUUUAUUAUUGUCAUUAUUUUUGUUAUAGUUAUUCAUCUGAUAGCAUAGAAUGUCAGAGAUUGCAAGCUCAAUGGGAAACUGUGGGUGCUAAAUUAAAAAAUCGUGUGAAUGUUGCACGUAUUAACAGACACAUCGGGGGGGCAAUAACUUCUCGUAGAUUCAAUAUAAAUCAAUCACCUACAUUUAUUUUGUAAGUUAAAAAGUUUUAUAAAUUGUUUAAAAAAUAAAAUACAAGUUGGUAUCAUUUAACUUUGUAUUUUGUCAACAGAUUACGACGUGGUGCUAUGUACAAAUAUACAUUGUCUCAUGUUAAUGUUGAAUCAUUAUUGAAAUUUGUCGAAGAAGAUUAUAAUCUCACAGUUAAAAUACAAGUGCCUCAACCAAAGUCAAUGUUGUAAGUUUGUACAUUUAUUAUUAUUUUUGUACAUACAGUUGUUUAAAAUAUAAUUAUUAUUUUUACUUUCUAGUGAUGAUUUUGUACACAUGUGCUUUGAUAUGCUUAGGGAAAACCCAUUUUUUUGGAAGUUGAACUUGAUUAUAUUUAGUAUAAUAUUUGUGUGCAUUGCUGUUUUGAGAAAAGUAACAAAGGAUGACGAAUCUAAAGAAAAUGAACGCAAGUCAAAAAAACUAAAGACAUCAUCUAAAAAGUCUACCAAAAAAAGCAAAUAAUAUAAAAUAAGUUAAGUAGACAUCUAAUUGCUAAUAAGUAAAUUUUAUAUCUCAAAAGAAUUAAAUCUUUUUUUUUUUUAUUUUUCUUCUAAUAAAAUACAUAUGAGUUACCUACUAUAUCAAUUAAUGUAUAUUUUGUUAAUAUAAUAAAAAUUUAAAAAAAUGUAUAAAAUCAUAUUAUUUACUUAAUAUUUUGGUUGUAUAAUAUAUAUUUUACAUAAAAAUGUAUUUUAAACUCUUAAGUAUCAAAGCUGGACAGUACUUUUAAGUUAAUUUUUUACCAUUCUUAUGCAUAGUCUAUGCAUACAAACACUAUAGUAUAAAAAUAUUUAAAAAAUGUGAAGAAAAACUUAAUUGGUUGCGCAAAAUGGGUUUAUUUUUAUGUAAAAAAUGGUAAUAUUUUCUAUGUAUUCUUUAUUUUGUUUUUAUAUACUGUAGCAUUAAUUUCUUUGCAUUUAGAUGAUAUCCUAGCGAUGUUACGUUUUGUGUCUAACUUACAGAUGUACACACUGAUAAAACCAAAAAAAACAGCUAGCCGUUGUAUCCCAAGUGAAAGAAAAUAAAGGUUCAAUUCUACUGGAAUUUUGCUGUUAGGUCUUAGUUACUAAGUGUUACCAAAAUAACAACAAUCAGAAUUUUACAAAAGGUACUUGAUACAACGUCACUGGGAUACUAUCUUUUAUUGUACUUUUACUUGAUGAUUUUUUUAAAUUGAAACUGAUUAUAAUUGCAUUACCAAUUAUAACACUAGGCAAAGAUUUUUCUUCAUAUUUAAUAUAGGUAUUAUAUAUAUUUUUAUGUUUAUUUUAUUGUUAUCUAUUAUGUGCUGAUAAUUUACAUUUAUAAGGAAUAAUGUUAAUAUUAACUUAAAUUGACAUUAUAAAAUAGUAAAUAUUAUGAAAAAAAAAUAUAUGUACUGUCUAAAGUUCACAUUUUUUUUUAUGAGUAGCUACUAACUAGUAUCUUAACUACCUAAUUAUUUUUUUCUUCAAUUAUCUUGUAAUUUAGUAACGGUAACUUACUGUCAGUUAUUUACUAAAAUUUAAUACCUUGACCAGUUUUUUUAUACUUUAAAAGCCAUAAUUUAAC